GUGACUGCCUCAUCCGGGUCCUUUGCGUUCUCUCUCCCUCUCCCAACAUGGCGGCCUCAGCAAAAAAGAAGAAUAAGAAGGGGAAGACAAUCUCCCUAACAGACUUCCUGGCUGAGGAUGGGGGGAGCGGUGGAGGAAGCACCUAUGUCCCCAAACCAGUCAGCUGGGCUGAUGAAACAGAUGACCUGGAAGGAGAUGUUUCCACCACUUGGCACAGUAAUGAUGAUGACGCGUAUAGGGCACCUCCAAUUGACCGUUCUAUCCUGCCCACUGCUCCACGGGCUGCUCGGGAACCCAAUAUUGACCGGAGCCGUCUUCCCAAAUCGCCACCCUACACUGCUUUUCUAGGGAAUCUGCCCUACGAUGUGACAGAAGACUCAAUUAAGGAAUUCUUUAGAGGAUUAAAUAUCAGUGCUGUGCGCUUACCUCGUGAACCCACCAAUCCGGAGAGAUUAAAAGGUUUUGGCUAUGCUGAGUUUGAGGACCUGGACUCCCUGCUCAGUGCCCUGAGCCUCAAUGAAGAGUCUCUAGGUAACAGGAGAAUUCGAGUGGAUGUUGCUGAUCAAGCACAGGAUAAAGAGUACCGGGACCGUUACGAUUCCGACCGGUUUCGUGAUGGGUACCGUGACGGGUACCGUGACGGCCCGCGCCGGGAUAUGGAGCGGUAUGGGGGCCGGGAUCGCUACGAUGACCGAGGUAGCAGAGACUAUGAUAGAGGCUACGACUCCAGGAUAGGCAGCGGCAGAAGAGCAUUUGGUAGUGGAUACCGAAGGGAUGACGACUACAGAGGAGGUGGGGACCGCUACGAAGACCGCUAUGACAGACGGGAUGAUCGGUCGUGGGGCUCCCGCGAUGAUUACUCUCGAGAAGAUUAUCGGCGUGAUGACCGAGGUCCCCCCCAAAGACCCAAACUGAAUCUAAAGCCUCGGAGUGCUCCUAAGGAAGAUGAUUCCUCUGCUAGCACCUCCCAGUCCAGUCGAGCAGCUUCUAUCUUUGGAGGAGCGAAGCCUGUGGACACGGCUGCUCGAGAGCGCGAAGUGGAGGAGCGGCUGCAGAAGGAGCAGGAGAAGUUGCAGCGUCAGCUGGACGAGCCCAAACUGGAACGGCGGCCUCGGGAGAGGAGAGAGAGUGAAAAGUCUCUGGAAAAUGAAACGUUCAAUAAGGAGGAAGACUGUCACUCUCCAACUUCCAAGCCCCCCAAACUGGAUCAACCUCUAAAAGUCAUGCCAGCCCCUCCGCCAAAGGAGAAUGCCUGGGUGAAGCGAAGUGCAAACCCUCCUGCUCGGUCUCCGAGCUCAGACACCGAGCAGCAGUCACCGACAAGUGUUGGAGGGAAGGUGGCUCCAGUUCCACCAUCUGAAGAAGGACCAGCAAGGAAAGAUGAAAAAGUCGAUGGGGUGAGUCUCCCUAAAGGCCAAAGUGGGAGCUCGAGCCGUGGCCCAGCAGACGGAGGGAGCAGAGAGGAGUCGGACAGGAAAGAUGGCAAAAAGGAUCAAGACUCCAGAUCAGCACCUGAGCCAAAGAAAGCCGAAGAAAAUCCAGCCUCCCAGUUCAGUUCUGCAAGCAAGUACGCUGCCCUCUCUGUGGACGGUGAUGAGGAAACUGAGGGGGAGGAAGACACCGCAUAGACCUCGUC